GCUGAAUGCGCUGGAAGCGACCCGGUUGCGGGGCUGGAAUCGUCUCUCAUCGCUUUCCCGGGACUCCGCGGUCCUGCAGGCGGCCGGGCGGCGCGGAGGACUUGGAGCUCCUGCCCUACUCGGUGCCCGGCACCGGAGCCUCCCCUGCGCGCCAUGGACUCGGAUUCUGGGGAGCUGAGCGACGGGGACUUGGUCUCCGCCGCAGGUCCUGAUCACUUUAGUUCCAAGAGUCUCGCUUUACAAGCCCAGAAGAAGAUCUUGAGCAAGAUGGCGAGCAAGACGAUGGCCAACAUGCUGAUCGACGACACCAGCAGCGAAAUCUUCGACGAGUUGUACAAAGUGACCAUCGAGCACAUGAAAAGCAAGAAAGAAGCCCACAAAAUCAUGAAGGACUUGAUCAAAGUCGCCAUCAAGAUUGCGAUCCUCUACCGAAACAACCAGUUCAACGCGGGCGAGAUGGAGAUCAUCGAGAAAUUCCGCAAGAAGCUGAACCAGACGGCCAUGACGGUGGUCAGUUUUUACGAAGUGGAGUUCACCUUUGACAAGAACGUCCUUUCGGGACUGUUGAACGAGUGCAGAGAUCUCGUCCAUGAACUCGUAGAGCGGCACCUCACCGCCAGGUCUCACGCGCGGAUUAACCACGUUUUUGAUCAAUUUGCCUCUGUCGAAUUCCUCGCUGCUCUCUACAGCCUGGAUGGAGAAUGCCGUCCACACCUCAAAAAGAUCUGCGAUGGGAUCAACAAACUACUUGACGAGAAGAUCCUCUGAAACCCAACUUUCCAAAACUUUUAAAGAACAGAUCAAAUUAAGAGAAGAAAAACAAGAGUUGGGAAAGGAAUACAAGAGCCUGCUAUUUCUUUUUAUAACAACCCCCCCCCUCUGCCUACAGGACAAAUUAUCUUGGUAACAAAAUACUUUGUUUCUGGGACAUGUGACAUUCCGUUCGUGAUGAACAGCCACCAGAAACGAGAUGCACUUCCCCCCGCGAACAGAAAAAAAGAAACGUUUUCGUGCAGAGAACGGUUUACGAUGCAAAAGAAAUUGUGCGAAUUGGAAUUCAGCCCUGCAAAAUAAACAGUGGUGGGAUUCAAAUAAUUUUACAACCGGUUCUCUGCCCUAAUGACCAGCUG